CUGCUCGCAAGUAACAACUAACAAGUGGCAGGUCACCUCCCUCGUCGUGGCCAUGGCGUCCUCGCCUUUCGCUCUCGCGUCCCUGGUCAAGGCCGCCGUCCUCCCAGUCCCGCCGCCGCCGUCCGCGGCCGCCGUGGCAGUGGCUCGGCGCGCGCCGACGGUGCCAACCGUCCUGCGCGCCGCGGGCGGCAAAGCGCGGCGGGGCGCGGCGUUGGUGGCGGCCGCCGCGAUGGACGACCUGCGCCCGGCCAUCGUGUCCGGGGAGUGGCCCGAGAACUUCUCUCACCUCAGCUACGCCGACCUCCGCGCCUACCUCGAGUCCCAGAUCACCACCGCCGGCGAGAUGAGCCCGGAGGCGAGGCUCGUGGACGUGAUGUCGCGCCCCGUGCAGGUGGCCACGCCGGGGCAGCGGCUAGCGGAGGUCGACGCCUUCUUCGCCACGCAGCAGUUCUCCGGCCUGCCCGUGGUCGACGACGAAGAAGGCAGGUGCGUCGGGGUCGUUUCCAAGAAGGACAAGGCCAAGGCGCCCAAUGGGAUGGAGUCAACUGUUGGUGAAGUGAUGUCGUCUCCAGCUAUAACCCUGACACUUGAGAGGACUGUCCUGGAGGCUGCAGCACUAAUGCUCAAGGAGAAGGUUCACAGGAUACCAGUUGUGAAUGAGCAACAGCAUGUGAUCGGAAUCGUCACUCGUACGGACGUGUUCCAGGCUUUGGAGGCCAACAACGGAGCAUGAUCAGAUCCCUUUUUGGCUUGUUCUCACCACUGCUGCCAUAUGAUCAAUCAGACUGCUGAUCCAUCUUGUAAAUCACUUAUUCUUAGCCGUGUAACAUAAUCUGGGUUUGUUGAAUUGAAGCUUAUGUGCAUGUCAACUCCAUGCCAUGUUUCCGAGAAUUUGAAGUGUGCUGGAUCCAUAUUCAUGAAAAUAAGAAGGAUUGUCUGUCUGCGCAUUA